AUGGUGCCUACGAUGAUUGACCCUGCUGUUGCAUACCUGUCUGAGGAAGGAUACGAUGCAACAGCGCCCGACGUCUGGCUCAAGGCGGCGAAAGGUAGCGACUUCUCCGGAGUCGUAUGGCCUGGUUCGCCGGCACUUGUCGAACCUUUUUCUUCACAUGGUAGACAACUGGCUAUCGCUUCAGACUGGUUAAAUCCCGCUGCACAACAGUAUGCAACUCCUUCUGUUUCACCGUACUCAAGUUCACGCACUAUCGAAACCUAUCCGAUACGGAAGAGGGCCGACAUGAGUAGCUACAACGCGCUCAAUCCGUACACCAUAAACAACGCUACGGGGGCGGCGGUGUCGAACGGGACGUCCUACAUAGGUGAGGUGAUCUGGACAGACCCGAGCUGA